CUGUGCUUGGGGCGCUCAACCGCUGUAUUUAGUGCUGCCAGCGCGGUGGGGCUCCAUCUCUACCACAGCUCCUGCAGCCAAGAAUAGGGGAUGCGGAUCUUGGGCUCAGGGUGAUGCUCACGAUGCGUUUGAAACUAUUACACUGAGUAUUGCAUGAAUAUCAUCUGAGCAUUUGCACAUCACCUGUACGAUACGCAAUUUUGCUCUCCAUGGAGCAUCAUCUUUCUAUUUCAUUUUCUCAGCACCUUGUGUCGUCCAGUCUUUGCUGGUGUGCCGCUGCGCCUCCGCCUUGGCCAAGGUCCCGCGACAGCCACUAGCAGCGGGCCAUCAGGGCACAGUUCCAGGGCAUUGGCUGGGAUUGGGCUGAGCUGAUAGCACCACCGAUGCUGCUAAAGUGCUGAUGCAGGAUCAAUGAAUGAGAUGGAAACUCGCAUGGCUCUGGCUUUUUGGCUGGUUUCAUCGGCAUGAUGAGGUCUUAAUGUAGGGGAAGCGUCUUGAUUUCUAUAUUACAUGGCAUGUAACAUACAAGGGGAAUGCAGGAUAAGUAGGAAGAUACAGCUUCAAAGGCAAGACGCAAAGAUGGAAAUCAUCAGAUACUACAAGCACGAGUAAGAGGAUUCUACAACCAGCCUAGCGUCUGCUAUUUUUAUGCCAUUCGUAUCUCAUCUUGGGGAUCCUAUUCGCACACCCCGAAAGCGGCGUCAGUGUCAGCCUCGCCCUGUCCACAGUCUAGCUUUUGGGGCCUUGUGCCGCUCUGGUUUUUGACCUGUUUUAAAUUCCAAAGCCAGAAUCGUCACCCUAAAUCCCUCUCUUGCUUUUCGACUCUCCUUGUCGCUUCUCGCCUCUUCUCCCGUCAGCCCUCUGUCACAACGUCGUCUCGCUCGUUUCUUACGCGUCUCUCUCUUCUUCUCUCUCUCCUAUACAGCAAUCUCAAUCCGCGUCAUUGACUGAUUGAUUUUCAACUGAAACCGUCUCUCUCCUUGUCCGACGCUAGCACAAAGCCACAGGGCCAACUCUCCAAGAUCGACAACAGCUGCGCUCCUCCUCCUUUUCGUCUCUGAAGCUCUUCCGAUCGCUCGCUCGCUCGUUUCGUCCAUUCGUUCAUACAAAAAAAAAAAUCAAUCCAACCUCACAAUGUCUCCCGCCGCCACAAUCCCUCCCAUCACCAUCACCGACGCCGACCAGGAUGGCCUCUUCUCUCAAGACCUCAUCUCCGAGGUUGUCUCGGCCACCCUACCAGACGGCUACAAGCUGCGAGCCCUUCGUCGCACCGACUACAGCUCUGGUUUCCUCGACUGCCUCCGCGUGCUGACCACGGUUGGCGAAGUCAGCGAGGAGAAGUUCCAGAAGCAGUUCGACAACAUGCUGGCCCAGGACAGCUACUACAUCAUUUGCAUUGAGGACACUGCCCGAGAGAAGAAUUCUGUCGUGGCUACCGGUGCCCUGAUUGUCGAGCACAAAUUCAUCCACAGCCUGGGCAAGGUCGGCCACAUCGAAGACAUCGCCGUCGCCAAGGAUCAGCAGGGCAAGAAGCUCGGCCUCCGCCUGAUCCAGGCCCUCGACCACGUCGCCGAGAAGAUUGGCUGCUACAAGAGCAUCCUCGACUGCAGCGACGCCAACGAGGGCUUCUACGUCAAGUGCGGAUUCCGACGAGCUGGCCUUCAGAUGGCCCACUACUACGAGGGAGGCAAAAGUAAACACUAAGACCCCCAACCCCCUUUUUUUCCACAAUCACGAUAUGGGACAUGUGUAAUAAUGAUGUGGCUUUUUUUUUUUCCUCUCUGGGGUAGAGAUUUCAUGCCUUUUAUUCUGUUUUUGUUUUUACGUUGCAUAGCAGCUGAUUGUUUUUUUGUUGUUUUUUUCCUCCGGCGCAGGCAGUAAAAUCUAGAACGGUUCUAGAUGACUACAUAUUAGACGUCACCGACACGAUAAAGAGAUGGAUGGGUGGGAUGAAUUCGCUGGACAUGUAAUAGAAAUUCUUUAAUUUUCAAAGCACGACUAUCUUGCCAUGGACACCUUUGCUAAAUAGUCCCAUUAAAGUGCCAGUUUGCCAAGACCGCAUUAUGUCUUGGUCGUUAUUAAGAAGCAAACAUCUCCAUCAUCCUAGGUAUCAUUAUGUCUAUAUACAACCCAGUUUCCAACAUCCAAAAAGACAGGCUCUUUACCGUCCCAUCCAUCCACCGUCCACCACCAGCGUAUGCCCACUUACAUACCCACUGGCCUUGCUGGCCAGAUACACCGACGUACCCUUAAAGUCCUCAGGCGACCCCCAUCUGCCGGCGGGAAUCCUCGCGCUGAUGCCCGCCAGCCGCUCCGGGUUGUUCAGCAGCGCCGUGUUCAUGUCCGUCUCAAUGUAUCCCGGCGCAAUGGCGUUGACCGUGAUGCCCUUAGCCGUCCACUCGUUGGCAAACGACUUGGUGACCUGGCCCACGGCGCCCUUGGACGCGGCGUAGGCGGGGACUGUGAUGCCGCCCUGGAAGGUGAGCAGCGAGGCGAAGUUGAUGAUGCUGCCGCGACGGCCGGUGACGGGGGAGACGGGCAGGGAGAGCAUCUCGCGACCAAAGUCGCGGCAGAGCGUGAAGACGGUGUUGAGGUUGACUUGGAUGACAUCGUUCCAAUCACUGUCGGGAAACUCUUCGCAAGGGUGUCUCCUCUGGAUGCCGGCGCAAUUGACGAGAAUGUCCACCUUGUGGCCGGCGGCGGUGACAUCCUUGGCAAUGUUUGCGACUUGCUCCUGGACCGCGAGAUCAGCCGUGAAGACCCAUGCUUUGCGGCCAGUCUUUUCAACGGCCUCCUUUGUCGCCGUCGACGUGGUGUCUCUCUGGAUGAGAAUAAUGUCUGCGCCGGCUUCGGCAAGCCCAAUGGCAACGGCCUGGCCAAUGCCCCUCGUGGCACCGGUGACAACGGCUGUAGAGCCCUCGAGGGAGAAGAAGGAUGCCAUUGUGUUGUUUCCUUGUUUAUG